UCCCUUGGCAGAAAAGCGACAUCUGCUACAGUGGGACAGUGACAUCGCGUAUCGGAAAGGGUCAACGAAGAUCUGGGUACCCAAUUACCCUCCUUUGCGCCAGUUACUACUCAAAGAAUACCACAAUGUCCUAUUCGUAGGACACUUUGGUAGCAACAAGAUGCUGACAGGUAUUGCGAAGCACUACUACUGGCCCCACUUGGCAGAAGAUGUCCAGAAAUUCGUCACCUCGUGUGAUACAUGUGAGCGGAUGAAGAGCAGCAAGCAGAAGAAGGCGGGACUACUACAGCCUCUUCCUAUCCCAGAACAACCAUGGCAAGUGGUUAGCCUGGACUUCAUCACCGGGUUACCACCUACCACCAGCGGUCAUGACGCAAUCCUUGUCGUCAUCGACAAGUUCUCCAAAAUGGGACACUUCAUCCUGACACACACGACAGCACGCACCGAAGAAACAGCACAACUAUUCAUUCGCUACAUCAUCUCACAACAUGGCAUUCCAACUACACUCAUCUCUAACCGAGACCCCAAGUUCACCAGCAAGUUCUGGAAGGAACUCAUGUCUCUGCUUGGGACCAAACUCGCCAUGUCAUCCGCCUACCAUCCGCAGACAGAUGGACAGACCAAGCGCCUUAACCAGAUUAUUGAGCAACUCCUCCGAGGACGAGAUCUCCAAAUGGGACUUGCACAUGCCCUCACACAGCCGCGUCGUGGCGGGCGCCCACGUGGCGGCCGCACCAACCCUCAGGGAGGGGGUGGAGGUGGCGGUUGUGGGGGCAGCGGAGCCGGCGGCGGUGGUGGCGGGGUCGAGGGUGGCAGCAGUGGUGGUGGUGGAGGCAGUGGUGGCUCAUCUGGUAGCCGUGGUGACAUUUACGACCCAGCUGUCCCUGACUCCCCUGCUCACUCUGCCUCAUCGCACCACCAGCAGCAGCAGCAGCAGCAGCAGCAGCAGCAGCAGCAGCAGCAGCAGCAGCAGCAGCAGCAGCAGCAGCAGCAGCAGCAGCAGCAGCAGCAGCAGCAGCAGCAGCAGCAGCAGCAGCAGCAGCAGCAGCAGCAGCAGAAGGAGCAGCAGCAGCAGCAGCAGCAACAGCAGCAGCAGCAGGUGCAGCAGCAGCAGCGGAUGGAGCAGCAGCAGCAGCAGCAGCAGCAGCAGCAGCAGCAGCAGCAGGAGGUGCAGCAGCGGAUGGAGCA